CUUCGAACAGCGACGCACCGUUGCCACUGGAAUCUUGGCGAGUUCUUUGCCAGAAGUAAUUUUUGUUUGGACUCAGAUGUUGCUAUGGAAAUUGAGCGAUGGGUCGGUGGCACGUUCGUAUCGAUUCCCAGGCUACGAGUGCCUGCUACACUUGAGGCUCGUGUAGUUACACGUUUACGUCAAAGUUCAGAUCACUAACCUGCUCGGAUCUUAAGAAGAUCGAACAAAAUCAAGUGACCUAGUGCUUCUGCAACAGUUCCUGCAUUUCUGAAUAAGUGAUUAAUUUACUAAAAUUAUAUUGUGAGAACGCGUCUUCUACUCGAUAAAGUAAAAUCGUUUGUUCGUGUUUGCCGAUUGAACAACAGUGAGUCGAUCAUUCUCUGUCUCGCGAAUUCUCGCGCGGUCUCUUUUCGCGAUAUUCUCGGAAUCGCGACGAUCACCGCGUAAAGUGCAAUUCAGAGUCGCGUGGUGCGUCAUUCGCGGUGUUACGUGCGUGUUUGAACCGUCGGCCAGUGUUUACGGUCGCCGAGAGGAAAUCGAGUGGCAGUUAUCACGGUGCGUUAUCGGCCAGAAAACGGAAGCCGUCUUUAUCUUCUCGCGAGGAACGAGAAAUCAGGACUGUCCGCUGCUUAAUUCCCUGGCGACCGAUUUGGACUGCAUGCUGAGCGAGCUCUGCACCACCCCGAAUUCCUACGAACGGAGCGAUGUCUUCCUGGAACCGUAUCUGCAGCAGCACGGCACCGUCCAGGUCGUCAGCUCGCCGAGCACGCCUCCGCCGAAUCCGCUCCAGCAUCAUCAGCUUGCGCAGCUACAUCAUGUACAGAGCGAGGAGUCGCUGUCUUCAGAAGGGUCGGCCACCUCCGGCGGAUCUUCCAGCUCGACGGAAGAUUCUGGCAGCGAGGUCGCGUGCGACAUCACUCUCAUCGAGAGGCUCAUACGUUCCCAUCCGAUCUGGUUCCUGCCCGGCAUCCAGAGAGCCGGCGCUUUCCACUUGUUGCAAGGGAAGGAGGAAGGGAACUUCGUGGUGAGACAGUCGAGUCAGAGCGACACGAUGGCCCUGUCGGUGCGGCUGCCACCGGGAAAGGGGCCAUACAUCGAGCACUACCUGAUCCAAGCCAACAAGGGGAAGCUCAGCUUGGAGACCAGCGAGAACAGGUUCGACAACAUCCCCUCGCUGAUCGCCCACUAUUCUCAAUGCUGUGACGAAUUGCCGGUACAAUUGACACUGCCAAGGGCGAUGCGCGAGGCCAAGAAUAGGCAGCAGCUCUCCUCGCUGGCGCUUUUGGGUCAGGAAUUCUGGCGAUAUCCAAUGGCCAAUCCGAAACCGCCCGAGAGCAGUAGCAGCAACACGUCGAGCUUGAGCAGCUUCCGGGGUGGUAAUAACAACUUGAACAACAACAACAACAACAAUAAUAAUGUUCAUACACCGACGACCGAGAGUAUCGUACUGAAUCUGGUGCCCAUCUCGUCGCACGAUACACGAAGCUCCUCGCCCACGGCUGUCACGACGUCGACGUUCGCGUCGUCGCUGCCGCGACAGCCUCGCCCGACGCCGCCAAACACCCUCAACCUGACGACUUUCAACGAGCCCUUAGACUCAAAAAAAGAGAAAAUCUCGCCGGAUAAGCUGUCCCAGAAACUGAUCUCACCGAACCUGGUGCAGAGCGUGCGCUGCCCAUCGCCGGUGGUACACAACGUGGAGAGCAACGUACUGAGUCCCAUACAUGACAACAAGGUCGGUUUCGAGCCGAAGAACGCAGAGACUCCUAGGUCGACGGUCCUCGAACUGUCGAGGACCAGAUUCACCUCCGUCAGCACGUCGACCAGCAACUUCCAUCAAAACGUUUCCAUGUUCAAUAAUCUCUCCCGCACCACGUCUCCCAUCUUACCCGAGAUCAGAAACAUCGUGGAGAAUCACAACGCGGUCCAGAACGUAAAGACGCCUCCUCCUCCUCCUCCCAGAUGGGCGAAACCCACGGCGGCGAGUCAGAACAAUUUCAACGUCACCGCCACGGUGACGUUCAAUGUAAAUCAAGCGAACGACGUGGACAGCACGCAGAACACCCCGUCGGACCCAAACACGUCUCUACUGAGUCCGCAGAGCGCGACGUCGAACAGAUCUCUCACGUCGAAUUUCUCAGUGAAGUCUCCUCUGUCGUCCACGACCCCGAUUCUGUCUCCGCUGUCGAAGCUGGUCCCUAACGCGGGCGCCAAGACGCCGAACGUUCUUUCACCCACGACCCCGUCGAGCACGAGCAAGUCGAAACGGAGACGGGACCGAGAGGCCCGUAAAAACUCGCAACACUAUCAGGAAUCCGAUAUCCUGGAAUCGUACUAUCGUAGCUCGCCCGGUGAUAAGAUCUCGGACUACGAAGACAUCUGGAAUACCACGGAUCAGUCGAAUCAUUCCACGUGGUCGCCGAACGAUAAACUCGCGAGAAACGACGCGAAUCCUCAGGAUCGGCUGAGGAACUCGAACGACCGACUGAUGGUCCCGGAGAAGGUCGUCACGAGCGAGAGGAAUUUCAACGAGAGGCUGGCCGUGAACGAGCAGUUGAUCGUGAGGAACGACAGGAUGAUAGUGAGAAACGACAAGUCGAUCGGGAACGAGAAAUUGAGUUACAAGGAGAUGACCAGCCCGGAGUUCAGCAGUUUCAAGCCUGUCCAAGAAGCGAAGCCCGUAGAGCAGAGCAACGGCUCGCCGGAGAAAACGGGAAUGGGGAGGAAACCCGACUUACUGUCUCGAGUUUGCAGUGCGAAUUCUUUGAACAGCCCCAGCACUGUGACACCUCCUAGAAACAAACUGGGACUGAUGCUGGCCAAAUCGGAGAGCAACAGUCCGUUGACACCGGAAUCGAAGCAGGGUAGUCCGUUUUACGCGGAACCGGCGGACGCGAUCGCGCAGAACGCGGCAAUAAUAGCGAGAAGACGUCCCAGGACCAAUCCAGCGAUGAACAAAUUUCGGCACAGCGAGCCGGGAUGGCUGCAGGCACCCGUGGGUAGCAACGUCAAUCAGCUGCAUCCGAUCGACUGGGAGGAACCGGAAGAGACGGAAGACAAGACUCCUCUGAUCUCCUCUUCCAUGGACAAUUUGACCAAGAGGCUCGGCGCCAAGGAGACGAAGAAGAUCCCGCGUGCCAAGCCGGUGCAACCACCAAAGAUCAAAACCAAGGUGUUCAACGAUACCUCGUGGGCCGUCGACUCCAGCUGGGAGUUCAUCGGCAACGAAGGGGACGACUGCGAGUCGGACUACGACUGUGAUGCGGAUUACGAGGGCGACAACGUGGCAAGAAAGUUUCCGGACGAGGAGUGCGAUAGGGACGUUGUUGGGAACACUUUGACCGUUCAGAGUAUCAUCCUCCAACGGUACCCAGAGUUGUUAAAGCCGCCAGACACGUCGGAGUCGCUAUACAGCGACAGGAACUCCUCGUACGACAACGUGGAGAAGAAGAACGAGAGGGUGGAGACCGGAGAGACUAGGAAGGACCAAAACUACGACUCCUCCGAAUGGGAGAUGCCGUUAGAAACGGACGAGAGUGACGUGGAGAGGAUGAAGAGGAACAAGAGCUUCAAGGAACGUCUGGACCCUCUACUCUCUCCACCAAGGUUGAAGGCCCUGAAGAACCGUGACAACGGUGGGACAGGCUCUACCAUAAGAUCCUACGCCCUCCAAUUAGCCGCGGACAAAACGACCACGUUCUCCCAGAAUAUCGACAACUUUAUACAAUGCACGAAGGAGGGCAAGGAGGCGAGCCCUCACGUGGUGAUGAGGAACAUGCGACAGUUCAUGUCGGGGAUGAAGAACUACCUGGUGAAACACGGCGAGCGGGAGUUCGAGAAAGAGGUGGAGAAGGAAAGGGUGAAGCUGAGGGCGAACGAGUUCCUGAACCUGGACGCGAUCCUAGAGGGUGUGAUGAUGGGACUGGUCGUGACCCCGCUCAGGGAACACGUUUACAGAUUGUUCAUCGAACAUUACGCGACCACCGGAUCGUUGCAGACCCUCGCCGAGAGCAUCCAACAUGCCCAGGGGAAACACAUUCAGGAUCUCGGCGUUCGACCAAAGAUCGUACCCCCGUCGGAAACGAGUUUGGAAAAAAUCCUCAAGUACAUCGACCGACUUCAGAGAGCGGACUCACCCCUAGACAAGCUGGAGCACCUCCUAGCAGCAUUCUCAGCGAUUUUCAAUUCUGUGAAGCACGCGAACUCUGGCAGAACCGUGACGCUGGGCGCCGACGAUCUCCUUCCCCUUCUGGUCUGGGUGUUGGUCCGCGGCAAAGUCGUGGACGCCGAGGUCGAAGCCGAGUACAUGUGGGGCCUGCUUCAUCCCUCUCUUCUCACCGGCGAAGGGGGAUACUAUUUGACGACGUUGUCCAGCGCGGUUCACGUUUUGAAGACGUUCAAGUCCAGCCAGGGGACGAUGUCCACGUUAAACGGCUGUGGAACGCCGGACUGUUCAUCCGUACUACGGAUCUUAGUACCAGAUGAACUGCACGGCUCCCUGAACACUAGGACGCUGCCCGUGCGACCGAACAUGAACACGAGAGAGGUCUGUCGCAUCCUCGCGCAUAAGAUCAGAUGCACCAAUCCCCAGGACUACGGCCUGUUCAAGCUGGUCCAAGGCGAAGAAACCUUACUCGGCGACCAUGAAUGUCCGCAGGAGCUCUCUCAUUGUCUUUUCGCUUACAAGCGGAUAGACGCGAAGAUCGCCUGGCCGAAGACCAGUUCUUAAUCGGGGCUCGCGACCACCGGCGGUCGUCGGUUUCACGACCGACGCGUUCCACAUUUUACUAUCUAGUUUCAUUGCUGCUGACGUCGCGUUUUUAUUCUCCGCACAUUUAGACGUAUAUCGAAAUCUCUCGGGCACGAAGCUAGCUGCGGCAAUUAAAUCUAUACUUGAACACUGCCAGGUUUCCGUUACGAUUCUAUUGAUUAAAAAUCUCUUGCCAAUAAUUUUUCGAUCCAAAGAAUUGUUCGAACGAACGUGGUGCAAUGGAGUAGUGCAAUGCUUCGACCGAACGCAGCUAAAGAUAAUCGGAUUCGAUUUACCCGAAGACAGGUGCUAGAGCGUCGGAUCGGAAACGCAGCGAGGUCUCAACGAAUUGUUCCCGAACGACUGUCUCUGCUUCGUGAUCGAGUCAAGGGACAGCGUAUUUUCCUCAGUAUUCGAUACUUAACUAAUGGACCAGUCUCGUCGGCGAGGCGUUUUUCAAUCGGUUGAAAAAGACGGUCAAAGUUUCUGCGAUGUCCCUUCGGUGAUUCAUUUACUUUAAUAUUUAACUAUCGUACAGGCAGACCAAGUGAUUUAACCGUGACGCGGAGGAGAUCGGGAAAUCCUUGACAGUCUCUGACGGAGGUGAUGAAGCCUAAAGCGUGACCGAGUAAAGGAUCGUAGAGGGUGUCUCCUCUUGAUACAAAUUUAAUAUUAGACUUAGAAGCACGGAAGGCUAGUUUAGACUCUAUUUUUAAGUACCAAUUCUCGACGAGACGGAUUAUACACGAGCAAUGUACGUGCACGUACUUGGACAAGGCGGACGUCGCUAUAUUUAUUGGGAAGUUGUACACACAAUAUUUUACUAUGUAUCGUUCGUCGAACACUACCAAGUAUCUUUAAUAUUCGGCGCGCGCGCGCGCGCGGGCUCCUGCGUUUCGCUCAUCCUCUUCCUUUCGAUCCCGAAUCCGCCAGGCUGAUUUGCUCACUUAAUGUUAUUAUAAAAGGCUGUGGAACUAAUUAGUCUCUCUCUAUCUCUCUCCGGAAACGAGUGAUUCAAAUAUUGACGAGCAGAGUUUGUUUUUCGGGGCGGGGGUGGGUAAGCUGUCGCGGAGCGAAUAAUAUUUUACUACUGAAGAAACUCACGUACAAAUCAGCCUCGCGAUCGUCACAUUACUGGAGAACGAACAACAAAAGAAUAGGGAACGGAGAAGGAACAAAAAGUAAUAACGAUGUGUACCCCCUUCGAUGAUAAGUGUAAACGAUAAUAAUUAGUUAACGAUUUAUAAAUGUACAUUUCUCUCCUUUA